CAUCGUCCUGACCUGGCGCUCACGCUCCCACUGCGAACAAGAGACCAUUCGUCGCGCAGACUCGAGCAUUCAUCGUGAUCUGUCGUAAGCUUGAUCACUCGAUCACUCGUCGCUCGGGGCGCUCGCGCCUCUUUGGCUCUCCUCAUCGGCCAGUGGACGACGAGCCGCGAUCCAUUGGCCGUCCACAGUAGACGAGAGCUUUUGCUCCUCCCAUGCCAUCUUCGACCCCUUCCAAGGCAGGCGCCUUUGAUGGCCAAGGCUCAAGCUCAUCAUCCUCGUCUCUCCAACGGCCGCUGAUGCCGCUGAGAGCUCAGUCUCACACCUCAGCGAUACCAGAUAGCUCAGAGAUGGCGCGGCCAUCAUCACCAGCACUGUCAGACUCUCGAGUCGGGGAAGAUGGCGACCUCGUACAGAAGACGGCAUCAACGUCUUUUGCAGACAGGCCACCAUCAUCAUCUUCCUCUAGGAGAGAUGCGUCGGGGAGUAGCAGCAACAGCAGGCGUGCAGAUAUGGACAGAAUCAAGUCGAGAGCGGUAGACUCGGCCAGUUGGAAUUGGGAAGCAGAGAAGGCGAAGCAGGAGAGCGGUAGCGAGGGGACCACACCAUCAUCGUCAUCAUCGAGCUGGCGUCAAUCCAUCGCAGCCCCCAUCCCGCCUCGUCAGUCGUCAAGGCAGCAGGGAUCAGGCAUGCCACGUCCUCGAAUCGAUACGAGUCCAAACCCGGGCAUGUCCUCGAAUCCUGACACGCCGAUUCAGUCGUCGAGGCCCUUCUCGCCGGCUCUGAAAACGCCAACUUCAUCCGCUCAUCCGACGGUCAAGGCUCAGGGGGCGCAAGGGACAGGGAGAAAGGAGCAGUCAUGCGAUGCUUGUGGGAAGCCAAUGACAGGCCAAUUUGUCAGGGCAUUGGGAGUCGUCUUUCACCUCGACUGCUUCAGGUGUCGGGACUGCAACAAGGUCGUGGCGUCCAAGUUCUUCCCAGCGACGGACGAUAUGCGAGACUCGUCGCCUCGUUCGAGCAGCGGGGGAGAUGAGGAGACCAAGCGACCAUCGCCGACAUCAUCACAGCCUAGCAAGCUUUUCCCGCUCUGCGAAACCGACUACUUUCGCCGCCUGGACCUCUUGUGCGCCAAGUGCGGAGGUGCUCUAAGGGGAUCGUACAUCACAGCCCUGGGAAAGAAGUUUCACGUCGAACACUUUACUUGUUCGAUCUGCCCGACCGUAUUUGGACCGCAGGAUAGCUACUACGAGCAUGAUGGACGCGUCUUCUGUCACUUCCACUACUCCACAAGGUUUGCGAUUCGCUGCACAGGCUGUCGCACUGCGAUUCUCAAGCAAUUCGUCGAGAUCAACCGCAACAACCAGGACGAGCAUUGGCAUCCUGAAUGCUACAUGAUUCACAAGUUCUGGAAUAUCAAGCUCUGUCCGACUGGUGCCACGCCUAAGGAGAGCCUCGUCUCUGAACCCACAACUGCGCUCGAGACGCCAGAGCCGUCGAAAAGCGGGGUUGCGCCUGUCAGCGACAUGUCAGCGACAGACGCGCCCAGCAUGGAAGCCAUCGAGACAGAAGCCUCAGAGACACCGUCGAGCCUCAAGCAGAAGCAGAAGAUUGUCGAAGAGCAGGUCUACAGGAUAUGGACGGUCUUGUCCGCCUUCGAGGAGAGCUCAGCGGCGUGCAUAUCUGAGAUGCUGCGCCACGUUAGCAGCGGACGUUAUCUGGGAGGCGUGAGGAUGGCGGAGCGCUUCAUCUUGCACGUCGAGAUCCUCUUUUCAGCCAUUGACGACAUUGAGCGAGAGUUCCGCAAAGAGCAGACCAAGGGCCUUUCACACAUCCGCGAGGCCCGGAUGCUAUGCAAGAAGAUCGUCAACUUCUUCUCGCUCCUCUCACAUACACAGGAGACGGGCGCGAGGAGAAUGGGCAUCACGCAGGAGCUCCUCUCCCUCGUCACUGGACUGGCGCACUACCUCAAAAUCUUGAUUCGCAUCGCUCUCACGGGGGCAUUGAGGCUGGACCGUGAGUUUGGGAAUCGACAGGCAAUCGACUGGUUCCUAGACCAGCUCGCGUACCUCGCAGAGAAGGCGGCGGUCACUUCUGGCGAGAGUAAAGCGGGGGGAGACAGUCGGGAAGGCGGGCAGCGGGAUAGCAUCGACCUUGCUCCAGUGGGCGACAUCAGCAUGCAGAGGCCGGACGGGAGGUGGUACGGCUACAAGAGUCUCCCCCGCACAACGUCGGUCAGCUCGUCAGACGGCAACGAGGGCGCGACCGACCUCUGCCUUGCCUGUGGCCAGACCGUGGAGGAGGAGUGCGUCAGGAUGGGCAUCAAUAUGCGAUGGCAUGCCACUUGCUUGCGAUGUUGCCAAUGCAAGCGUCGAGCGUUGAAGGAGAGCGGAUCAACACGGAAGUCGUCAGAUCCAGAGGCAGACCCUGAGGCGCCGCCAACUGCGCCGGCGAACACCUUUGCGCUGGAAAUCUCAGCUGGGGGCGAGUCGUCAAGUCGCAAGACGUACACUACAUUCUGCUCAGAGCACGCUCCUGCUCACUGCCGUCGUGGCUUCGAGACGGGUAGCAGACUAGAGCAGUACGCCUUCCUCUUGAGAGUGGCUCUUAAUCGUCUCUACGCCCUACUCAAGAAGCGUGGUGUGGUUCCAGCCUCGCCACCUCCGGUCACCCCUGGCGAGCUGGCAGAGUCGAAGUCAACGCCGGCCCUUCCGUCAUCCUCGACGUCAUCAACGCCCGUUGGUUCAGACGCAACGUACCGCGACUCGACGGAUAUCAAGCGAAUGAAGUCGGUCAAUCUAGAUCGCAAGCUCUCGACCAAGGCAAAAGUGCCACGCAUCUCGACGGUUGUUGGCAGCCCUUCGGGCCAGCAGACGCAAGCCAGCUCAAUGCAGCAAAGAAUCUCGCCCACGGCAGAGGGGCUGCGCCGCUCGUCCUCGCCACGUCGCUCGACGGACAACGACGGUCAGCCACGAUCUCUGCGAAGGAGCCCCUCACCAGGAGCAUCACGGUUCCGCGGUGCGUCCAAGUCGCGAGACCCAUCCCCCGCAGGCGGCCUACGUGAACCGGGGACAGUCGUACCCAUUCGGCCUGCAUUUGCUCGCCACAACACCGACGUACGCAUUCGCGACGAUGGUCCAGCUCGCCAAGCGUCUGGCGACGACAGCGUGAUGGCCCCGCAAAACGAUGAUCACUUGACGCUAGGCGACAUUCCCCAGCUGCUCGAGGCCGAACAAGCGCGAGAGCAACGUCGCUCACUGCACCACGAGGGCGGGCGCUCCCUCUCGGAGCUCUCUGCCCUGGAGCUCUUCAUUGUGAAGCACAUGGCGGUCAUGAUGCUGCAGCAAAGCGCGCUCAAGGACCUCGUGCCGAUGGACGACUUAAUCGACUUCAUCGAGAUGCGCAAGAACACUUUCUGGGGCAAGCUCUUUAAGACGGGCAAGGACAAGAAGAAGCACGUUGAGAAGAAGGGCGUCUUCGGCAUUCCGUUGGAUAUCCUCGUCGAGAAGAAUGGGGCAGACUCCACUCUGGGGGCGAGCACGACGCACCUUCGCGUGCCCUCUUUUGUCGAUGACAUUAUCUCGGCGAUGCGCCAGAUGGACGUUUCCGUCGAGGGCAUCUUCCGCAAGAAUGGCAACAUCCGUCGCUUGAAGGAGCUGUCCGAGGCUCUCGAUCGCGACAGCUCGUCCGUGAAUCUCUCGGACGACAAUCCCGUUCAGCUGGCCGCCUUGCUCAAACGUUUCCUGCGCGAGCUGCCGGAUCCGCUCCUCACCUUCAAGCUGCACCGCCUCUUUGUCAUGUCGCAAAAGCUCGAGCCCGAGUCUGAACGGCUGCGCAUCCUGCACCUCGUCACCAUCCUCCUUCCCAAGGCGCACCGCGACACGUUGGAGGUCCUCUUCGUCUUCCUGAAAUGGGUGGCCUCGUUCUCCCACGUCGACGAGGAGACGGGAUCCAAGAUGGAUCUGCAGAAUCUCGCCCUCGUUCUCGGGCCGAAUAUCCUCUACGCCAAGUCUCAGGAUCCGGCAAAGGAUGAGCUCUUCCUUGCCAACCGGGCCAUCCUUCAUCUCCUCGAAAAUCAGGACGAGUUCUGGAUGGUGCCCCCUGAACUGGAGGCUGUGCUGCAGGACCGCGAGCUGCUGAGUGCUUCAGCCGAGCUCACAUCGCGCGACAUUCUCAAGCGAUGCGAAAAGUACGCUAAGCGGGCGCGAGGCCAGGGGAGCUCAGGUAGCGCAGGCCGCCCAGGUGGUAGUGGAUUCGCUGGUAACGGCGGCGCUCCUGGAGGAGGCAAUAGCGGCUUCAGUGAGAUGCACGUCGGUGGCUCGCGGCAGCAGCGACCGGAGUACCACGAUCCGGUGACCAUGCGACAGAUUGAGAACCAGCACCACUUCGUCAAUGGAAGUGGAAAUGGAGGGAUGUCUCGCAGCGGCUCUGCAAAUCCUCGUAGCCCCAUUGACGGGCCCGGGCCAGAAGGGCGACCGCCGUGGCUUGCAAACAAUAGCUCUCAGUCGCAUCUGCAUCAACACGGGCAUCACGGGCAGCACGGGCAUCAUCAGCACCACCUCUCCUCUGCGGGCAGUGGGGGCCAUCAGACCCCGUACGGUAGUCCGGAUCGCUCUCAGCAGCAGCAACAGGCUGCGUCUUGGCAGCAUCACGCCGGUGGGCAAGGUACGGGCCUACCACCGACGUCGUCCUCGACAUUUGGGCUCAAGAACGGUAGCGGUCGCGACUCGCCCGUGCCCCCGCCCAAGGACCGGUCGCAGGAAGAUGGUGCAGGUAUGCAGCAGCAGAAGCAUGCCAUGAUGCGCGACUGGCAUCAGCAGCCCAACUCGAGGCAACAGCAGGCGUAG